GAGAGAGGGAGAUAGAGAGUGGGGAACCGGGUUAUUACAAUAGAUGUGUAUGGUUUCUGAUAGUUGAAGCCAGUUCGAGUUUUUAAGGGGUCGAGGCAGGGUGAGAACAAAAAAUCUAGCGCGUUUUGUACGGGACCCAAUACAGCUGUCUAAAUACGAAGUGGAUUCUAAGCGAAGCGGCUACGCUCCCAGUGCCUCGCUUACUGAUCACGCCUCGUUAAUUCACUGUCUACGAAAAGGAAUUCUUCUCCUAGCGACCAGCCAAGCAAUAUUUCUUCAUAUAUUCUUCUUCGUCGUCUCGAAUAAUUUUUCUCCGUUGUGAGUCAUCUAACGGCAGUGUUUCAAAUACUACCAGUGGAGCCACUGUGAGGGGGGCUUGUGAUAAUAAUACGGAUUCUCUACACCAAUGCCUUUUUCUUUUUCUGUGUAUUAAAAGAAGAGCAGGGGACUUCGCGCUAACCAGGGCCGACUUCGCUGGGGGUUGUUUGAGUCAACAAUUCGCUCGCUGCCAGCUGAUUCCUCGAGCGAGCUUGUUUCGUUAAAAAAAAGGAGAAGGGUAGUCGCUUGGAAGAAAUUGGUCGCCAAGACGCGAAGGACUUGCGAGGGAAUAUUACUGGCCGACACACAGCACACACACGCGUACGUCCGUGCGCUGGUCGAGGCCAUGAACUUGGCGUAGGCGAUCACAUUAUCAUUUUAUCAUCUAUUAUCAUUUUCUUCGAAUCUUGAGGUCCAGCGGCUCGCGCUUGCGAACGCCGCUAACCGCCCCUGCCCAGUAGUACAAAUGCUUUCUAGCGAGUUAGUCGGCUUAGAGACAAGUGGCGUUCUUAGUGACAGCGCUACGGCUGCAUCUUUGCACAGUGUUCCUGAAACCAGUUCGUCUUCAACAGCACCCGGCAUCAACCCGGGCGAUUUCUUCAGCGCCACGGAUUUCGCUGUGAGUCGCCACUCCCGCUCGGGGAGCUUUACCGGCUUUGGAGGCAUGCUGGAGCCAGAUUUUCGCGGGGCCUCGGCCGCCGAAUAUGGCAUGGGAUCGGCGCUUGGCAUGAAUACAUUUCAAGGAGCGCCGAGUAUUAAUAGCAUGUCGUCUGGAAGUUAUACGACGUUAACCCCUCUUCAGCCGCUGCCGCCUAUUAAUACAGUCGCCGAUAAAUUGAGACAUGAUACGAACGCUAGCACGGGAUUCUCGCUGAUGAACAGUUCGAACCUCGCCAUGAAUAACUACGAUAAACUUGGAGGUAUGAAUAUGGGGAUGGGUGUCGGGGUCGGCGGGUCAAUGGCUGCCAAUUCCAUGUUAAACGGUUACGGACAUCAUCAGGCGAUGGGGGGCUAUGGUAGCCCCCACCACGGCACCUGUUCGCCGAGCGAGCCCCGGUAUGCCGCGUCCAUGAACGGCUAUGACCAAUUCACCCAUAACGCCCAACAUAUGCGGGGCUUCACGCAUCAUCAUACCCAAAGAACUGGUCUAACCACGCCUAUGGUCCUGAACGGACUAGCCGGUCACCCCCAUCACGCACCGUCACCGUCGAUACCGCCACCUGGAAGUCGAAGCGGUGAUCGAAGCUCCGUUUCGUCCAGGGACACCGGGCAAGCCGGGGAGGAGAUCAACACGAAAGAAAUCGCAGCGAGGGUAACGAGCGAACUCAAAAGAUACAGUAUACCCCAAGCCGUGUUUGCCCAAAGGGUCUUGUGUAGGAGUCAAGGGACACUGUCUGACCUCCUGAGGAACCCCAAACCCUGGAGUAAACUCAAGAGCGGCAGGGAAACCUUCAGGAGGAUGUGGAAGUGGCUCCAAGAACCAGAAUUCCAGAGGAUGUCGGCGCUCAGAUUAGCUGGUAAGUCGAUAAAAUACCAUCUAAAACUUUUUACUAACUAACUACUUACUAUUAACAUUAUUAUCAAUAUUGGGUUUUUAAAUGGGCUCUAAGAGCCUCCUUAACCCUGCCACACUCAUCUGUACACCCUCGUCGUGAAAACAGUGAGAUGUGGCCAUCAAGGUAACUUCAAGGUAACUUAUUAAUCCCAAAUAAUGACUGUGUUGAUUAAUCCCUUUUAUCCACCAUAGGUCUACGAAUUUGAGAUUUAUUUUGAAAAUCAUAUUCUUUGUCCAACAACCUGAACCACAUUCAAUAUACUAACAGAAUACAUGUAAUUAUUUUAUCUCAAAAAUAUAGUAUUGGUCCAGUGUCUUCCAUUCUUAUUCAGUUCCAUGUGAUGUCAAUGUAUGUGUUCAAAUGGUGAAACUUGAUUUAAGAAAAAUUAUUGUAAAGCAUAAAUUUAUCAUUAUUAUGUGAACAAAUAUAGGCAUCAUAGACAACUUUGUGUUGGCAGAAGUAUUUUCAUGAAUGAAAAAGUGAAGAAAGAAAAGAACGAAGAUUUCAAAAGUAAUUUCAUUUUUACAUACGUUUUUAUUUCACAAAAGCAGUGGAAAACUUCUGUUUAUUACUUUUAUACCGCCGCACUAAACCACGACAUUGCCAUAUCACCUAGGCAUUGUUUAUAGCAGCAGAUAAACAUCGCCAUGGAAACCAAUGAAGUCCAGACUUCCAGAUAAAAAAAACAUAAUGAAUCCUGUAAAUAUUAUGUUUGAACUCUGCGAUAAAGACGGUCAACGAUUUUAUGUCUUGAUAAAAGGGCCAUCUCAUGUCUUCCAAAAAGGAAAUUCCCUUCAAAUCGAUCUGAUUUUGACAGAAAUCUGAAAUCAAUUUUUCCUCCCCGCCGCUCCGUUUUCCCCUUUCUCUUGCGCGCGUGUUCAAAACUUCCGAAACUUGAACACCGUGCUUCGAUUUAUUGCUAAAAUCUUUAUCAAUCUAUAAUUCCUGUUUACAUUUUCCCUUUGCUUGACAGAUUUAGAUGUUUUAUACAGUACUAGCGCUGGCUAGUCACUGGCUUUUCUUUCUUGCUCUUGCCAUAAAUCAAAAUUCGCCGACACUGAUUGAAUUUCGCCCCGAGUGAAGCAAAAUUAAGAACUGUUUUUCUUUAAUCGCGUUAAUUUUAUUAUGGCUUCGAGGCGAAUUUACGCAAAGCGCGUGUACGACCAUCGCUCAUUUUUUUCUGCUUCAUCGAUGAGUUCUGUUUCUCACCAUCGCUCUGACAUGAAAAUGGUGCCGACUUUAUUUUCAUAGCUUGUUCUUGUAUUUAUUUUGAUUAGAGAUUAUUCAUUGUCAUGGAAAUGUAAAUAAGUUGUCACAGAUUUAAUUAUCUUUGUAGAAAUAUUCAUAGUUAUCUCUACAAAUUCUUUUGUCAUUUUUUUCAUAAUUAUGAUGGAGUGAUAUUGUUUGUUUGGCUUCUUCCAAACUCGUCCUUAUUCACGAGAUCAAAAGGAAUGCAUUUAACCUUUUAAACCGGUCGAGUCAUCUUUGUUUGUCUUAUUACGUUAUCUGUGAUGAAGUAAGUUUUCAGAUUGCCGUCCAAAGCCGCCAAAAUUAAUGCCUCCUCCAUUAAAAAAUAGUCAACGUUAGGUUAGGACCGUUAUCAUGACAACGGGCGGAUAUUUGCUAUGUGAUUUGUUUCCCAGGUACACAAGUUUUGAGAAAUGCGUUCCUAACCAAAUUCUUAGAAUUCGUUCUAUCAACAAUAAUAUGAUUAAAAGCUUGAGAUAAUUAAUUUGUACAGAUUUUUGCGUUUUUUUAUUAUGAAGCUACAAAGUACCGAUUUUACAUUGUGCGUACUUAUUUCCAACUGACGACGAAUUCAUACCAUGUCGAAAUAGCGCAUGGCCGGCCUGAUAUUAUUGUUACCUUCGACUGGAUUCCGAAUUCGUAUAAAGACAUUUUGGGUUAUCAUAUCUAGCUGGUAUGUAAAGUCUUUUUAUAUUAAGUUUAUUUAUUUUUAAUUCGUUCUUUAAGGGAGGAAAGACGACAUCCUUCUAUUCUCGAUGCGGAAAUUAAUUACAACCCGCGAAAAGAGAGAGAGAAAAAAAAAAUACUAUGAGCGCACUAUCGCCUCCCCGUCCCGACUCCGCUCGCAUCUCGCCAAUGUCCGCUAUUAUUUCAAUCUCGCUCGGCGUACGACAUCUUAGAACCAAUAUUGUUCGCUUUUUCGCUCGGUCGUAUAGGGGCUGCUAAUUUGACUAUUCAUACGUUAAUUAUGUGUCUCAUAUUGUUGGCUUUGUACAUAAAAGUUACGCAAGAAAGUCAACAUGAGUAUGGCUUUAUUGCUUGUCACUCUCAAGCUGUCUUAAUACAAGACAUGAAUGGGUUUCCCUUUCAAAGUAAAAAUACUGAAAUGAAUAAAAUUGUCUUUUUAUGGAAUUAACUUACAGUUACAGAUCAGAUUUCAAGAAUAGACGUUCAUUUUACUAUAGAUUGGAAAAUUGUUUAACUUUGAUAUGUGGGUAAUGGAAUUGAUCUACAUUUAGAAGGCAGUUCAAUUGCAACUUUUUAUCCUUUGUUUGUAAGAAGAAAUUAUAGGAGUUAAGGACAAACCAAUCAUAGAUUUUCUUUAGUUUUAUUUGGAAUUGGGUAAAAUCUAAAAAGUGUAGUGAAACUAUAUUCACUAUAAACUAGAGACCUCAUACUCAAGAGAUAUAAAUGGAAACUAAUUUACU